AUGUCUGAUUUCCCACCUAAUCUAUCAAUUCGGCCCUUGACCCUUGAAGACCUUGACCAAUGUGUUGCCUUGGAAGCGAAGGGGUUUUCGGAGGCGGAAAGGUGUACUAAGGAGAAGUUCCAGUACAGAUUGACAACCUGCCCUGAACUCUGCUCAGGAUUGUUCAUCAGAGAGUAUGGUUAUAAAUUUAAUGCAAUCAAUUUGCCAGAUGUUGCUCAGAAGUUAGAGAAGAAGAUAAACGAAGAAAAUUCUUCUGAUACUAACUGGAGCGGGGAUAAUGGUCAAGAUGAGUUGACCUACGAUCAAUUACCAGUAAAGCUGUCUGUCGUCAAGGAAACUUUGAUAGGGCACAUUAUUGCCACCAAGAUUUAUUCCGAGAGAAUCACUGAGGCAUCCAUGGAACUUCCUUCUAUUGAUGACCCAACUUCUGGGCAUAUUGAGCAAUCCAGAUACAUUGGUAUUCAUGGGCUUGUUAUCGAUCCUCAAUGGCAUAAGAGAAACUUGGGCACCUUGUUGAUGCAUGACUAUAUUCAAAAAUUGUCUAACCAAGACUUGGGAAGUAAGGUAGUUAUUAUCGCACACAAGGAGUUAAUUCCAUUUUAUGAGAAAAUCGGCUUCUUCAAUCAUGGUGAAAGUGCCUGUAAGUUUGCAGGUGAGUCGUGGUACGACUUGACGAUUGACUUGGUACCCCAAGAUGAUGACUAG